AUCACAAAGUAUCACAAGGUAUCACAAAGUGUCACAAGGUAUCACAAAGUAUCACAAAGUAUCACAAGGUAUCAUAAGGUAUCAAAAAGUAUCACAAGGUAUCACAAAGAAUCACAGAGUAUCACAAAGCAUCACAAGGUAUCACGAAGUAUCACAAGGUAUCACAAAGUAUUACAAAGCAUUACAAGGUAUCACAAAGAAUCACAGAGUAUCACAAAGCGUCACAGAGUAUCACAAAGCAUCACAAGGUAUCACGAAGUAUCACAAGGUAUCACAAAGUAUCACAAAGCAUCACAGAGUAUCACAAAGUAUCACAAGGUAUCACAUGGUAUCACAAAGUAUCACAAAGUAUCACAAGCCAUCACAAAGUAUCACAAGGCAUCACAAAGUAUCACAAAGUAUCACAAGGCAUCACAAAGUAUCACAACGUAUCACAAAGCAUCACAAGGUAUCACAAAGUAUCACAAGGUAUCACAAAGCAUCACAAAGCAUCACAGAGUAUCACAAAGUAUCACAAGGUAUCACAUGGUAUCAGGACCAUUAUUGUUUGUUUUGUAUAUCAAUGACCUCCCUUGUGCUACUCGUCUUGCUGAAACUAUGCUUUUUGCAGAUGAUACUAGUGUGUUUUAUUCUAAUCCCGAUUUAAAUUGUGCUAUUUCUGCCGUAAAUAAUGAUUUAUCUCAAAUUGAUCUUUUUAUGAAAGCAAAUAAGCUCUCUGUUAACAUAACGAAAACUAAUUAUAUCAUUUUUGCAGCAAGGCAAAAACCAGUCGGCUUCCCAAUAAAUCCUGUCUUGUACGAUGAGGUUUUAUUAAAACAAGUAAAGGUAGUUAAAUUUUUAGGGGUUUUUAUCGACGAGCAUCUAACGUGGAAGCCGCAUAUUACUUAUAUAUGUAAGAAAAUUUCAAAAUCUAUUGGCGUCAUGUUUAGGUCUCGUUUCUUUCUUUCUGAAACAACAAAAAGUCUCUUUAUUAUACCUUAAUUUAUCCUUAUUUAACAUAUUGUACCACAGUUUGGUCCUCCACUUAUGUAACAAACCUUAAUAGAAUUUUUUCUUCUACAAAAGCGAGCAGUACGAAUUAUUACAAAUGCAGAUUUUCGCGCACUCUGAACCAUUAUUUUUUCCGUUUAAAGAUUUUGGACAUAUACAACAUUAAUUCAUUCUAUACUGCACAAUUUAUGUUUUCAUAUUAUCAUCAAUUACUGCCACCGCUUUUUUUCGAACCUUUUUGUUACUAGUAGCAAUAUUCAUAAUUAUAAUACUAGAAGUUCCUCGCAUUUCCGUUCUCAUGCCUGCCGAACUAACACCAAACAAUUUUCUAUUUUGUUCCAAGGCCCUAAAAUUUGGAAUUCUUUACCAAACUCAGUCACUUCGAUUUUUACAUUGCAAUCGUUUAAAACGAAAGUUUUUGAUUUUCUACUAUAUCGAUAAUGCGUCUUGUACUGUCCGUUGUUGUGUGUUGUUAUAGUUCUAUUGCUUAAUAUUAUUGUAACGAGGGGGCCUCCUCGUACAAGCCUUGUGGUUUUCUGAGGUCCCCUCGCCACAUCUUUGUAUAAUGUAAUGCUUGUGUAAUCUUUAUUGUGGGAAAAUAAUAAAUAAAUAAAUAAAUAAAUAAGUAUCACAAAGUAUCACAAGGCAUCACAAAGUAUCACAAGGCAUCACAAGGUAUCACAAAGUAUCACAAGGCAUCACAAAGUAUCACAACGUAUCACAAAGUAUCACAAGGUAUCACAAAGUAUCACAAGGUAUCACAAAGCAUCACAAAGUAUCACAAAGUAUCACAAGGUAUCACAAGCGAUCUCAAAGCAUCACAAAGUAUCACAAAGUAUCACAAGGCAUCACAAAGUAUCACAAGGUAUCACAAAGUAUCACAAGGUAUCACAAAGUAUCACAAAGUAUCACAAGGCAUCACAAAGUAUCACAAGGCAUCACAGAGUAUCACAGGGAGGGUCUUUCUGCGGGUACCGGCAAGCUUUGUAUUUUUGGUCACUUGGGAUUAGUCUUUAUUUGGAGUUGUUUUGUUUCCUGUCUUUUAUUACUAUUGUGUUACGUAAUCUGUGCUCCGGUACUCACAGAAGGAACCCACAAGGAAUCACCAAGUAUCACAAAGGGAACUCACCUUUACCGUAGCGCUUUUAUCUUACAUUACAUUCACUAACAUUGCACUCUUUUGA